UGAUGACCUCGGAGAACUCCCCUCUCUUGCACUAUCGGCUCUUCAGUGUGUCGGACGGGGCCCUCGGUCCUCCAGACCCUGCCCUCUGCGAUGGAGAUGCCACCACGGUGGGGACCGGACCUGCCCCCCGCAAGCUUUCCACUUUUUUUGGAGUGGUCGUGCCGACUGUCCUGUCCAUGUUCAGCAUUGUCGUCUUCAUGAGGAUCGGAUUCGUGGUUGGCCAUGCUGGUCUCUUGCAGUCUCUCCUCAUGCUCCUUGUAGCAUACGCCAUAAUCUGGCUCACAGUGCUGAGUGUGUGUGCCAUCUCCACCAAUGGUGCUGUCCAAGGAGGCGGAGCUUACUUUAUGAUCUCGCGCACGCUGGGCCCGGAGUUCGGUGGUAGUAUUGGCCUGAUGUUUUACCUGGCCAAUGUGUGUGCCUGUGGAGUUUAUGUGCUGGGUCUGGUGGAGGGUGUGCUGGAUAUUUUCGGAAGCGACUCGUCUGAUCCCACGAACCCCCUGCGCUCUCUUCCACAGGGGUACGGAUACAACUUCCUGUAUGCCAGCGUGGUCCUCCUCAUCUGUCUGUCCAUCUGUCUGAUCGGGGCAUCCAUUUACUCCCAGGCAGCCUUCUUCAUCUUUAUUCUGGUCUUUCUGGUCCUCUUGUCCAUCUUGCUCAGUUUCUUGGCCGUUGGGCCACGCCAAAUCACCAUCCGACAUGGGGGGAAUGUAACACUAAUUGGAGAGUACACCGGAAUCAACAGCACCACUCUCCAUAACAACCUGCAAGCGGAGUAUUCUCUGGAUUAUACCACUGGUAACCUCAUGAACUUUGCCAUUGUGUUUGCUGUGAUGUUCAAUGGCUGCACCGGUAUCAUGGCGGGGUGUAACAUGUCCGGGGAGUUGAAGCAGCCAAGUCGCGCUAUUCCUCUGGGGACAAUAAUCGCGGUCAUCAUCACAUUCUUCGUCUACCUGAUCCUUUUCAUACUAGCGGCACUUACCUGUGACAGAACUCUCCUGAGAGAGGACUAUGGAUUCUUCCGGCCCAUCAACAUUUGGCCACCUUUUGUCUUAAUCGGGGUGUACGCCACAUCUCUGUCUGCCUCUAUGAGCACCCUGAUUGGGGCAUCUCGCAUCCUGUAUGCCCUGGCCAAGGAUGACCUGUUUGGAAUUCCUUCUAGCACCUGCCAAGCUGGUCUCCAAGGGAGGAAACCCCUGGGGAGCUGUCCUCUAUACCUGGGCCCUGGUGCAGCUUGUUUUGUUAGCGGGAAAACUAAACACCAUAGCUGGCAUUGUCACCGUCUUCUACCUCAUGGCGUAUGCAGCAAUAGACCUGGCCUGCCUGGCCCUUGAGUGGGCAUCUGCACCAAACUUCCGUCCAACAUUCCGUCUUUUCUCCUGGCACUCCUGCCUGCUGGGAAUCCUGAGCUGUCUGGUCAUGAUGUUCCUGAUAAACCCAGCCUACGCCUCGGGCAGCAUCGUCCUCUUACUGCUACUGCUGGGGACCAUCCACUUCAGAAGUGGCAGCAGCAGCUGGGGCUACAUUAGCCAGGCCCUCAUCUUCCAUCAGGUCAGAAAGUAUCUCCUUCUCCUCGAUGUACGGAAAGAGCACGUUAAAUUCUGGAGGCCACAAAUUCUUCUUAUGGUGUCCAACCCUCGGACAUCCUGCCAGCUUAUCAAGUUCAUCAAUGACCUGAAGAAAGGUGGUCUUUACAUUUUGGGUCACGUAGAGACCGGAGACUUGGAUUCUCUUCCUUCAGACCCGGUUCAGGCACAUUACAGCUUCUGGCUUAGUCUGGUUGACAAACUCAAUGUCAAAGCCUUUGUGGACCUUACCCUAAGUCCAACUGUCCGACAUGGAACGCAACAGCUGCUGCGUAUUACUGGACUUGGUGGAAUGAAGCCCAACACGCUGGUUCUUGGAUUCUAUGACAACGCCUGCCCCGAUGACUACUUUCUUCAGGAUUCUGCUUUCACUCCAGGUCUUUCACCCCGAGACGACCCAUUUGGUGUUGACGCCACCUCUUUGCAGGCCCACUUCCCCCCUGUUCGAAGUCCUGAAAUGCCUCAUCAUGUUAAUCCUAAGGAGUAUGUUGCAAUAAUCUGCGAUGCUCUGAAGAUGCAUAAAAAUAUUGUCUUGGCUCGGAAUUUUUCAUCUUUACUAAGGCCAGGAACCCCUGGAUCAGAUGCUGCCAUGUAUAUUGAUGUGUGGCCUCUGGAUCUCCUCCGACCUCAAGCUUCUGCCUAUGUCGAUGUCUGUAGCUUGUUUCUUCUGCAGAUGGCAUGCAUUCUCAAUAUGGCUGCCUCAUGGCGCCGCUACCAGCUUCGUGUCUUCCUUUGCGUAGAGUCAAGAAGCUCAAGUGGUAGUGGGGCUAGCAACGGCUGGCUAGCAGCAGAAAUGAAAUUCCGGGAACUGCUUGCCAAGCUUCGCAUCCGUGCCUCCAUCCGUGUGGUAGCUUGGGACAGAGUAGCCAUCCUACGGGGACAAAACAGUGAAGGACAAGGCCUCACCCGUGAGCCCAUUCCUGCUGAGUAUCUAAACGCAGCCAACCGUGUAGUGGCAGAGGAGGGAGGCGCUGAGUCUGCUGUAAGGUUCCUCUAUCUCCCACGGCCUCCUGCUGACUCUGCUCUUCAUGAAUGCUACUUGGAGGAACUAGACACGCUCACGGUGGGUUUGGGGCCAACGUUGCUGAUUCAAGGCCUAACACCAGUUACAUGCACUGAACUUUGA